UCUAAAGUCAAGUGUGUGUAUCUGCGUUUUUAAGGUGUCAAACUAGGAAAAAGGAUCUGACAUCUAACAUUCCGCAAUACAUUUAUUGAUUUUUGCAUAAAAUUUACGUUUCCUUGAAAUGAGUAGUAAAAUUGAAGAAGGGCAGGAAUACAUAAGGCAGGCCGAGAAAAGUCUAAAAACAGGCCUUUUGAAAUGGCGACCCGAAUACGAUACUGCUGCGGACUGCUACACGAAAGCUGCAACCGCAUUCCGUAUUGCAAAAUCGUACGAUCAAAGCAAGGAGUGCUUUCUAAAGGCUGCAGAUUGUCAUAAGAACAAUAGCUCUUGGUUCCAUGCAGCCAAGUGUUAUGAACAAAUUAUAUUAAUAUGUAAAGAAACAAAUAACUUGCUUAGCGUCGAGGAAUACGCUGGCCGAGCUAGUCACCUAUAUCAACAACAUGGAUCUCCAGAGUCGGCUGCAUCGGCUUUAGAUAAGGCGUCUAAGGUUGUGGAACAAAAACAUCCGGAAAUAGCAUUGCGUUUCUAUCAACGAGCACUGGAAAUAAGCAUGAUUGAAGAUGCGUCACGAACAGCGGCCGAAUAUGCAAGCAAAGUGUCACGCAUAUUGGUUAAACUGCAAAUGUAUGAUCAAGCGGCAGACGCUUUAAGGCGAGAAAUCGGUCUCAACCAACAAACUGAAUCUUAUGGACAAAUCGGCAGACUUGCCGUAGCACUGGUAUUAGUUCAAUUGGCCAGGGGAGAUCAAGUAGCGGCCGAGAAAGCUUUCAAGGAAUGGGGAAACUGUUGCGACCCUCAAGAAGUACAAACAUUAGAAAUGUUGUUACAGGCUUAUGACGAUGAAGAUCCCGACACGGCUAAACAGGCCUUAGCUUCUCCAUUUAUAAGGCAUAUGGAUGUAGAAUAUUCCAAGUUGGCGUUAAUCGUUCCCUUACCCCAGGGGUUACCGAAUGCUUCCAAACCUGCUGUUAUAAAAAAUGCUACAGCUUCCUAUACGUCACCAAACAUGGAUGCAUCGAAGGGCGGAAAUAAUGAAGGCGAAGCAGGUCCUGCCGGUGCCGGGGCGGGAAACGACGAAGACGACGAAGAAGGUGGACUUUGUUAAUCUCUAAUUUUGUUUAUUUAAGGCUUAAAUGUUACAAUGCUAGUUAUUACAUGACAUUGAUGUAUAAUUAAUAAUGCUAUUUAAAUAUUUCAUUCCAAAUAUAGUCAAAAUACCGUUACAAA